GUCAGCUCGUAAUGAUCUUAGGUAAAUGCACGAAAAAGCAUAAGUACGCACAAAAGUGAUUGACGCGCUGUGCAUUCAUCUCGUUGUUAGUGGUGCGGGCAAAAAAAAUUACGCUUUCGGCUAAAAAACAGUAGUGACGCGGGCGAACGUUGUGCGCGUGUUAUCGGUGCCGACACAACAGUGUACAUAAUUUCGAAACACGAUGGAAUCUUCAUCCGUAAUUGUGCUAGACUCGGAUUCGGAUGAUGGGGUAAUAAUGGAAAAUCCCUCCAACCGUGUAGGCGGUAAAAGAAAGGCAACACAAUCUCCGCACACCACACACACCGGCACGCAGCUAAAUGGUACGAGUAGCAAUGUUCCGUCCGCUUCCGGAGGAGCACAGGAUCCACAACGGAAACGCAUCAAACCGAUUACGAUCGCAUCGAAUCUAUCGGAUAAGCGAUGGACAGAAGGAGUAACACCACCACCACAUAACAAUAACAACAAUAAUCAACCGAUUAUUAGUAGUGAAAACUUCGCGCCAAUCACUUAUUCGGAGGACUGGGAACAGGAGAUGAAGCAAUACCAGCAGAAACUAGCCGGUGCAGGUGGAGACCGGCGGGAACGUUCCUUAUCCGUGCAGGCAACAGCGACGGUGACCACUGCUAUCAGUAGUCGCAGCAGCACCACAACGAGCGAUGAGUCAGAUCCAAACAGCAGCAGUGCAGACACGCCCGGACCUGUAGAUACAAGUUUUUCCGCAUCGGAUAAACCAAGAACUCCAGCUUCCGAGACUAUCGACAAAAAUCCAAUCGGAAAAGAAUUUCAAGACUUGCUAGACGCUUGCCGUAAUGCGGACAGUUCGAAGGAAAUGGAAUUGCUGAUAAAUAAAAAGCUGAUCCGCUACUAUGAGAUCGUCCAUCCGGACUACGUAAAUUCCAGAAGCUUCAAAAAAGCAGUCGUAGAAGCAACGGCCGGUAUACGGGCACGGCCAAAGCUGGUGUUUCUCAAGCUAGGCAACAUCGUGGAGGAACUUAAUGCACGGCGAAAGUCGCGUGCCGUUGCACCGCCCGAAGAGGAGCAAGACAAUCCUGUCCCGGCGCAAGACAAUCCCGUUCCGGCGCAAGACAAUUCGACCGGUAAUGCUAAAAAAGAUCGACAAAUCUCGCGACUGAACAAAGCCCUGUACGUUCUUAUGAAACGCAUCCACCAGAUGGAAGAGGCGGAGGUCGAUUUUAGCCAUGAGACAAACUCCACCUAUCUUAUGGCCGAACGUUACAAGAAGCGAGCGUUCGAGAUUUACGAAAAGCUGUGCGACAUCACGGGCGAGAGUAAAAAUGCUCAGCGAUUGGUGCGGAAACCGAUCCAAUUCCAAGGUACUCAGUACGCGGAGUUCAAUCGAACCUUGUCGCUGUUUGUUAACCGUACGAACACGUUCCCGAACUUCCGCGAUGUGUUAAAGUGUUUGGAGCACUGCAAUAUAAAGCACGACUACGGCUUACGAUCGGAACGUAUGAAUCGGAUUGCACACGAUGCGUUCAUUAAGGUGGGCAAACAGUUGCAGAAACGGCGUAAAACUGACCUAUAUGAAACCGUGAUGUACCAUGCGGGGGAGCAGAAGGAUCCGGCUACCAUCGAUCCUAAGUUGCGCGAGAAGCUUGAGGAGAAUGGGAGACACUAUGGCAAAGUGAAUAGCAUUAUCGAUAAAUAUGCCGAGAAAGAGCUAAAUUUACGCGAAGAAGGUCACGAAAAGACGGACAAAAGUAAAACAUCUGCUGAACAUAACAAUGAAACAAUGCCAUCCAGUAGCAAACAAAGCGCUACAGCAACAAGUUCGGACGUCACCGGUCCGAAUGAAGGGACAACUGUAACCGAGCUAGAACUUAGCGAUGACGACGACGACGACGACGACGAGGACGAGGACGAGGACGACGAUGAGGAUGAGGACGUUGAAUCUACUACGAAAGAAAACGUUCGACCAGACUCGUUCGAGGAUGUGAUCAUAUCCGACGACGAUGAGCUGAUCGUGCUAGACUCGUAGCAUUCACCAAAAAGUUUCCUUUUGUCUUAGUUUCAAGUUUUUUAAUCGCUCGGGUCUCUCAUACGCCUCGGAGUAAUGGACCUGGUCCUAAUCUAACCGUUCCGACAGUGGCGAGCGCUGUUGCGCUGUAUCAGUGCACUAGACUCGUCAAAGCUUCCGCUAUGCUGAUCACAGAAAAAAGAAGAGGGGAAAAGAGUCCCUGAGCGUUUGUAGGAGGUUUGUGGCCGGCAGUUUACAACGACUGACGGCUGUAGACACCUUUGCAGCUGGCCAUGAUCGCGGAACGGUUAUUGUGAGUGAUAGUAAGUUAACCAUUAAGUUGAUUUCGUCCGAUCUCGUACACGGGCAGAUAUUUGUCAAGCGACUGAAAUACAAAAGCUUUUCCAAAACGUAGCGUAUAUAUAGUAGCUGUCGAUCGUUUUCGGACACUUCGCGCGUCAUGAUAAUUGGCUGCAGUUUUUAAAAAGCGUUUUUUUUUUUCAAGUCAAAUAACGAGGUGUUCGAAAAUGAAUGUUCACCCUGCAAUUAAAUUUUUCUUUAAAAUUUAACAUCAUUUUUAAUCUUUUUGCUUGCGUUAGUGCGUGGAAAGGAAGGUAGAAGAAACGAUACGUUUGCAAUACUGAUAAAUUGUCAUAGCGAUAUGCGCUUCGGAGCAGCGUUGAAUAGUGCAAGAAGUGUAAAAAAACAUGUUCCGAAAUUGAACGACAGCUACUGUAUAUGAUUGUAUAUACGGAACAGUAACGGGGAAACCACGGGGUAUUAGUAGGGUUUCUGGCAAUCGACGGUGCCAUUCUAUGUACAGCGGGUGAAGAAUAAGCUGUGGAAUAAACAUCCAUGUGACGGAAAAUAUU